AUGGUCUCGAUCUCCUGUCUGUGCGGCCUCUCUCAAUCGGUCCAUUUGGAGCCAUCGACUCAACUGCAACUCUGCCAUUGUACCAGCUGUCGCGCGGUGACUGGGCUGCUCUGCGCGUCUUAUUACCUCAUCCAGCAUGAGCCUGCCCUCGAUAGUCUCGGGGAGUACCAGGCCAACGGGGUGAGCCGCUUUUUCUGUAGGACCUGUGGUGCUCACGUCUUUGCCCGCUCGCCGAGCGGUCGAUAUCUAGUUGCUUCGGGGGUAGUCACCAAGCCGCCCGCCGUACAGUCAAUCCAUCAUUGGCAAGUUGACGAUACCCGUGAUGGGGGGUUGAGCACAUUUUUCGCUGGAACAAGUUCCUCUGUCCCCGGCUGCAGACUACUUGCCCUCGACAAUCCUCACCCUGCCAAUGUUGGCUCUCCAGACACUUUCCAUGGUCCAUCAGAUCCCCAGCGUGAACUACUCGCUCGAUGUGACUGCGGAGGAAUUGAAUUCUACAUCACCCCGCCGGAUGCAUCUUCCUCUCAGGCGUCGUCGCCAUGGGCAGAUUUGCUAGUGCCCUACUACUCUGGAUCCUCAGCGAACCCGGGCGACGUCAAAUGGUGGUUGAGAGAUGGUCAGACCAAGUAUCUGGCGGGGACUUGCGCUUGUACUUCCUGUCGCCUCGGCAGCGGGUUUCCGAUCCAGACCUGGGCGUUUGUUCCCAAGUGCAAUAUCAGGAACGCAGACCGGUCGUCACUCACCUUCGAUCGCAGGACCAUGCAACGAUAUAAUAGCUCCCCGGGGGUAUACAGGGAAUUUUGUGGCCGCUGUGGCGCUACGGUAUGUUGGCAUUGCACAGAACGGCCGUCACUAAUCGAUGUGAGUGUUGGCUUGCUCCGGGCGAGCAGUGCCAGAGCCGAAGACUGGCUGGAGUGGGAAACAGGCCGAGUCAGCUUCGCGGAGAUGGCAGUGCAACCGGAUCUGAUAAAAUCCCUCGAGGAGGGCCUGAAGCAGUAUUCAACCAUAUCACAGUAA